AGUCCGGCAACUCCGCCCGUCCGCCGGGCAGUUUUCCUCAGUGGUGGCGCCGGAGUUAGGGUUUCGUUGAUCUGGUGCCACCGGCGGAGGGUAAGGACACUGUUGGUCGACCAUAUGGUAUUAUCAUGUUCAUUGGCCUCUACGGAAGACAUUGGGUCAGAUAUCGAAACCUCCCUUGUUCAGAGAAACCUCGUAUUUUGGUAGUAGAAGUAUCGUAGUGUGGGAUUAAGUUCUCGGGCAGCUUUUGAAGUGUUCUUAUUUAAAUAUAAAAGUGGCUCCGUGGAUUGUCAUCUUGCCUGGGUACGGGGAGAGCAAUAUGAGGUUUACAGAAAUUGGCCAAGUGCUUUGGUUGGUUGACCAGACAUUAGUAACACUUGACUUGGUGCAAGCCUCGCUCUUGUGAUGUGAAGCAUUUGAUUUGUUCGGUGGGACGAAGGAGGAGGAUUUUGCGGCGUUGAAUGGCAGGGCAGUUCUCCCUUGGCAGGACUACAGAAGCAUGAUGUCAUCUUGCUUGGUCUCCCUGACAGGGGAGAACUGCACUGUAAUUCACAAACCCCACACUUCUCAAUAUCACACCUGUUGGAUCAAGCCCUUUCAGUCCUCAUGCAGAGAAUUUAUAGUGUAGAGACCACUUAAGUGAUCUGUUCUGGAUAUGCUGAAGAAUAUGCUACCACACCUAAAGAGUCUGUUUGACCACAUAUUCAACUUUAAGUCUACAUGCAUGAAGUUGUAGCAUGCACAAGUACAUGCUGAGAACAUGUCUUUUGGACCAGAAUGGGCCAUAUUAUCCUUCAGGCCAGAAAGGAUUAUGUGCAUCAGCUUCUCUUGGUGGGUUAGCAGUAGAGCAUUACAGCCGAUUUCUCUGUGCAUCAUCACAACUUCUCUACCAAUAAUUCCUAUGUAUGAAGUGCACCAUCCCACAGAUCUCCAUUUUCAGUGUAAGCUUAUUCUGGGGAUGCUGAUGCCUGCUCAGGAUAUGCCAGAGAACAGACUGAAGAAUGUGGAGUAUUCUUCUGAAUCUUCUUGUUUGGAUUGGGCCCGCAGUACGUGUACGUCUGUGUACCAUCCUUUGAAGUCACAUCUAUGGACCGCCUCUACACUAACUAUGAACAAUGAUAAGCUUAGAAGGAGAAGGAUGAUGCUUAUAAGGGCCGCUGCAUCCGUGGCUUCAUGUAUGGUUACGUUGUAUGUCCAGUCUAGACCAAAGAGGAAGAAAGAGAGUGUUGCCUAUGGCCCAAUAGAGGAGAGGGACAAGAACAGAAUUGCCUUCCUAAAUAAUCAGAUUUACAAGGAUGAUAUAACUUGUCUGAGAACGCUAAGGCUUAUGAGGGCUCCUUUCUUCCGCUUGUGUCAAGUUUUGAGGGAGCGCUCUUUGCUCCAUGAUACCAUCCAUAUAUCCAUUGAGGAGCAAGUUGCCAUGUUCUUGAUUACAGUAGGGCACAACCUUAGGAAUAGGGAAGUAGGUGCUAUUUUUAAUAGGUCCGGUGAACCAGUUAGUCGCUAUUUUGGACUAGUCCUCCAUGCCAUAGGUGAGCUAAGGGAUGAGCUUAUUAGGCCGCCGUCAUUGGAGACCCCAACCAAAAUUGCUGGCAACCCAAGAUGGGACCCAUACUUUAAGGAUUGUGUUGGAGCCAUUGAUAGUACACAGAUACAAGCUUCUGUCAGUAAAAACAUGGAGGCAGCCUUCUGUGGUAAGAAGUCAUCUGCAGGACAAAAUGUGAUCGCGGCCAUUGAUUUUGACCUUCGCUUCACUUAUGUGCUGGCUGGUUGCGAUGCGUCUGCACAUGAUGAUGCCGUUUUAAUGGAUGCAAUUGAGUGCGAGAAUGGCUUACGUGUUCCUGAAGGUAAAUUCUACUUAGUGGAUGCUGGAUAUGGAGCCAAACCUGGAUUUCUGCCACCAUUCUGCGGGGUGAGAUAUUACUUGAAUGAGUGGGGGAACAACCCUGCGCAAGAUGCAAGGGAAUUGUUCAAUCUUAGGCACUCAUCUCUACGAGUGACCGUAGAACGUGCAUUCUCAUCACUCAAGCGGCGAUUUAAAAUUCUCGACGAUGCAGCCCCAUUCUUUCCCCCUGCUACUCAAACAGAUGCUGUAAUAGCUUGUGUCAUCCUCCACAACUGGAUUCUUUCCCAAGGCACUGACUGUUUCAUUCUACCAGAGAGUUCUUGGGCACCUAAUUCUCCUAGUUCUCAAAGGGAGCAAGCACAUGACCAUAGGCACAUGGUUGAGUUCCGACAAGCUCUUGCCGAUAAAAUGUGGGAAGACGGCCAAAACUAUGAGCCUCUUGUUGCCAAUGUGACUGAGAAUGAAAAUGUCAAUGGAGAAAGCGACACUUUUGCUGCAGCUAUUGAAGAGUUUACACUGCCUUUUCCUAUUCCCAAAGAGGGGAUCAACGGUGAUUCCUCAAGCAGUAAAGCACCGAAAAGGGCCAAGUUAAACAACGACGAUGAUUUGAUACAUCUGAUGACCCGCCUUGAUGACCUUACCAAAGCUAUAGAGAAGUCUGGUUCUUCAGAUACACAUGUCCCCGAAGACCUUUGGGGUAACUUGAUGCAUCUCCCUGGAUUUCAAGAGGCAUAUCUUACCCAUUACUAUGCUCAUUUAAUUGAGAAUCCUGCAAUUGCUAGAGCAUUCAACAAGCUUAGCAUGUCUAACAAAAUGAUUUGGGUUUCUAGACAUAUUAGCGUGUCUGAGGAAGAAAAUGCCAAUGGAGAAAGUGACACUUUUGCUGCAGCUGUUGAAGAGUUUACACUGCCUUUUCCUAUUCCCAAAGAGGGCAACACUGGUGAUUCCUCAAGCAGUAAAGCACCAAAAAGGGCUAAGUUAAACACUGACGAUGAGUUGAUACAUCUGAUGACUCGCCUUGAUGACCUUACCAAAGCUAUAGAGAAGUCCGGUUCUUCAGAUACAGAUGUCCCUGAAGACCUUUGGGGUAACUUGAUGGUUCUCCCUGGAUUUCAAGAGGCAUAUCUUACCCAUUACUAUGCUCACUUGGUUGAGAAUCCUGCAACUGCUACAGCAUUCAACAAGCUUAGCAUGUCUAACAAAAUGAUUUGGGUUUCUAGAUAUAUUAGCAGCCACCUUUCUGGGUAGAACUGAACUUUAUACUAUUUGAACCAUGUUGUCCGUCAUACUGGACCUUGCGUUUUGUAAGAACUGAACAACUUGACUGUGGUUGACCUGGUAAAUAUUUCAUGCGUGUGUUAUUGCCA